CUCACUAGAUCUCGUCUCAUCUCUAUAUUCGUGUAUCCUCCCAUUCUCUCUCAUUCUCUCCAACCACUAGUAAUGGCGUCGCCACCAAAUCUCCCGAUCUCAAAUCCCCAAACAACCACCGUAGAAUCAUCACAACCACCAAUAGCAACACCAGCAUUCCGUCUCUUCAUCAACCAUCUCACAGACACAGUCCGCAAUGGUUUCGCACAACGCCGUCCCUGGUCAGAACUCGUAGAUCGAUCUUCAUUCUCCCGUCCAGAUUCACUUUCUGAAUCCAUCUCUCGUGCUCGCAAGAAUUUCACAUACUUUCGUGUAAAUUACAUGACGAUCUUAGCCGCUGUUGUUGCAUUCUCGUUGAUUACAAAUCCGAUCUCGUUACUCGUUCUCGGUGGUUUAUUAGCGGCUUGGGUGUUUCUGUAUCUGUUCCGUCCAUCAGAUCCGCCGUUGGUGUUGUUCGGAAGGACUUUUACUGAUAAGGAAACUUUGGGAUUACUGUCGGUUUCGAGUGUUGUUGUGAUUUUCUUGACGAGUGUUGGAUCUUUGUUGAUUUCUGCUGUUUUGAUAGGAUUAGGGAUUGUGUUUGCUCAUGGUGCCAUGAGAGUUCCUGAAGAUUUGUUUCUUGAUGAACCUGAACAAACUAAUGUUGGUUUCUUGUCUAUUCUUGGUCUUGGUGGAUUCAAUUCGGCUUCAAAUCCACCACCACCACCUCCUACUGUUACCGGUCGUGUUUGAUUGGUGAAAUCAAGAUCUUGAUCUCGUUCUGAGAUGUGAUUAUAAUGAGGUUGGUCUUUAGGGAAUUGUAGAUCUGUUUUUUUUGCUGCCUUUGGAUGAAAUAGAAAUAUAAUUUGUAAAACUUUUAAAAAAAUAUGAUGAUAAAUUGGAGAAGAAAUUACUUCUGGAAAUAUUAUUCUAUUAAAAAAAAUUUGAUUGUAUUUUUUUUUCUUACAAAAUUCGUAUUAUAUAAAGCAGAUUUGUUACCAUU